AUGAGUCAAAUUAUUGAAAAGGCUUGUCAUGAAGCAGAAAUCUAUAAGAAAGCUAAUCUGGAUGGAAUAAUGUUGGAGAAUAUGCAUGAUCUGCCUUAUUUACCACCCAAAGAUGUGAGCCCUGAAAUAAUUGCUGCUAUGGCUGUCGUAGCAACUAAAGUCAAAGAAGUGUUCAGGAAGAAACCAGUGGGAAUUCAGAUAUUAGCCGGUGCUAAUGAAUCUUCAUUGGCUGUGGCUAAAGCAUCAGGUUUAGAUUUUAUUCGAGCAGAAGGAUUUGUAUUUUCACACAUAGCUGAUGAAGGAUUAAUGAAUUCUUGUGCCGGUUCUUUAAUGCGUUACCGUAAAAAAAUCAAUGCUGAAGACAUUUUAGUCUUUACAGACAUCAAGAAAAAGCACAGUGCCCACAUGAUAACAAGUGAUAUUGACAUCACUGAAAUGGCAAAAGCAGCCCAAUUCUUUCUGAGUGAUGGUGUCAUUGUGACUGGUUCUGCUACGGGUGCCAUAACUGAUGAAAAAGAAGUUCAAGCUGUUCUGCAAACUGUUGAUAUUCCUGUGCUGGUUGGAUCUGGGAUCACUUUGGAUAAUGUCUCCAGAUUUUUGAAUGCCAAUGGUCUUAUAAUUGGUUCUUAUUUCAAGGAAGAUGGAAACUGGGCAAAAGAUUUAAACCCAGAAAAGGUUACCGCCUUUAUGAAUAAAGUGGAACAACAAAGAAACAAUUAA